AGCAUGCAUACAAUAAUAUUAUAAUCUCCAAGUAAAAAAAACACUUCCGAGUAUAAAAAGCAAGCAAAUCUACAAAUUUUGAUUUAGAAUAUUUUCAACCCGUUUAAGUACGCUUAUUUGAAUCUGAGAAAAAUAUUUGAAAGAAAGGCUUUAAUCAUGGCAUCGGUUGAAAAUAAUGUGGUUUAUGGAGGACCUGUUUCAGAAAGUAUAACAUCAAAUGCAAAAUCUUUUGGGGAAUUUUUUCUACAAAAAUUCAAAGAAGCUGAAGAUAAGGUCAUUUUGAUUGACGGAGUGACCGAUGAAGAAUUUACUGCAAGACAACUAAGGGAAAAUAUAAUUAAAAUGGCUUACUGUUUAGAAAAUCUUGGAAUUGGAGAAGGCGAUGUUGUAUCAAUAUGCAGUGAAAAUCGUGUUGAAUUUAUUAUAACAUUAUUUGCUACAUUUUGUUUAAAUGCUACAAUCGCACCAUUAAAUGUAACGUACAGCGAACGAGAGUUGGAUCAUGCUAUUAAUUUAUCUAAACCAAAAGUUAUAUUUUCUUCAAAUUUCGCUUUCGACAAGAUAGUAAAGAUUUUUCAGAAAAAUAAAUUUGUGAAAAAUAUUGUAGCAUAUGACAAAAAUUCUAAAUAUAGAAAUAUAAGUUCGUUUUGGGAAUUAUUGAACGACUCCCAAUUCUCUUUUAAAGCAGAGUAUUACCCUAAGCCUGCUGAUUUAAAUGAAAGCGUGCUUUUGAUAUUAUGUUCAUCAGGAACUACGGGAAUGCCAAAAGGAGUACAACUCUCACAGAAAAAUAUCUUAUAUACUUUCGAUCAAAAAAGUUCCGAUUCGAUUUUGGAAAUGCUUACGCUUUUGAGUGUAAUUCCCUGGUUCCAUUCAUAUGGCUGCGUUAGUUUGAUACUGAUUACAGUUUUUGCAAUGAGACUAGUAUUUCUACCACGAUUCGAAGAAAAAGCCUUUUUAAGAGCUAUAGAGAAACAUAGUGUUCAAUUAGCCUUUAUGGUUCCACCACUGAUGGUUUUUUUGGCUAAACAUCCCAUGAUUGAUAAUUAUGAUUUGUCAUCUUUAGUUGGUUUGAUGAGUGGAGCGGCGCCUUUAAGCAAGGAUGUUGAGGAUGCAGUUAAAGAAAGAAUUGGCAUUUCCAUUAUAAGGCAAGGAUAUGGUCUCUCAGAAUCAACUCUAAGCCUUUUAGCACAAAAUGAUUCACAUUGUAAACCGGGAAGUGUUGGUGCUCUAGUUACUGGACAUUGGGCUAAAGUUAUUGAUACCGAGACUGGUGAAAUUUUGGGAUCAAAUAAACGUGGAGAAUUAUGUUUUAAAGGUCCAUGCAUAAUGAAAGGAUAUAUUGGAGACGCAGAUUCAACCCAAACUAUAAUCAAAGACGGAUGGUUGCAUACUGGCGACAUCGGGUAUUACGAUGAAAAUUUAGAAUUUUUCAUAGUUGACCGCAUUAAGGAGCUCAUUAAAUACAAAGCCUUCCAAGUACCGCCAGCCGAAAUAGAAGCAUUGCUUUUGUCUAAUCCGAAAAUCAAAGAUGCAGCUGUAGUAGGUUUACCUGAUGAUGAAUGUGGUGAAUUACCAUUCGCUUUUGUUGUUAAACAACCUGGCGUAAUAUUAACAGAAAAUGAAGUGAUUGAUUUUGUAAAAAGUCGAACCUCUGCCGCCAAACGACUUCGAGGAGGUGUUCAAUUUAUUGACGAAAUCCCGAAAAAUCCUAGCGGGAAAAUUUUAAGGCGUUAUUUAAGAGAUAUGCUGAAGAACAGAAGUGUGAAAUCCAAAUUAUAAUC